AUACUAGGUCACACCGAGUACAACACUACAAUCUUUCCAGAACCCAUAACCGCCGAUCUAUAUUCCUGUUUCACUUCCAGGUUUAGAUCUCUCAACUCAUCAUAUUAUCUCCGCUUUUCCUGUUUUUCUCAAAAUUAACUGCUGAUGAUAAUCAUUUUAUAUAACGUCUUUGGCGAAAAUAGUAGUUCGAUCAAAACACGUUUAGUUUUUUUUUUUUUUUUUGUAUCUCUGGUGUCUGGGCAGCCACUUUCCCAAAUAUCCCCCGAAGGGGUCCAGCGCCCCAGCAGUAAGGAUGUUAAAUCGCUGUGGCCGGGUUUCGAAGCUGGGUGGCGGGCACCUCAGCCAAGGUUCCAUUAUAGGUAUUGGUGACUGUAACAAUCAUCAUGAUGGUAGAUCAAAGACAAGGAAAAGGUGAAUACAUUCAGUGGAGACCAGAAGAGAGCAAAUUGUUGAUUGAGCUAGUAGCAAACUGCUUCAAGGAGGGAUGGGUUGAUCCCAGUGGAAAAAUGUUCAAGAAAACCGUUGAGACAAAGAUACUUUCAGUUCUUAACGAAAAAUUUAAUAGCCGGAAGACUUAUAAGAAUUUUAACAACCGAAUGAAGAUCUUGAAGAACCAAUACCGAGAUUUUGUCAAUCUUCUGCAUUUUGAUUCUAAGGUUCAGUGGAAUCCAAUCACAAAGAAGUUCACGGCUCCUGAUGAAGUGUGGAACGCUUACCUUAGAGACUUUCCUAACCAAAGGCAUGUGCGUAACGAGACAUAUGAAGAAUAUGAGAAUAUGAAGGUAGUAUUUGGGGGAAUGAGGAGAUUUGCGAGAUUACAUUCUCAGCCAUCGGAAGUGAGAAAGAACGAGAUACUGAAACAAGAAGUGGAUCUUACUAAGGAUGAUGACGAUGACGAGGUUCAUGAAAUUCGUGAAACCGAAGCUGUUGUAUUUGGUGAUUCAUCAAACUAUGCAUCAGUCAAGGACAAUGAUCUUUUGGCAAAGAUUUGCACAGAACUAAGGUCAGUUGAGUCGGCCACUAAACAGAUGAUUCACAUAAUGCAAGGAAGAUCAAUGGUUGAGGAAAACAAGAAGAUCAAUGUUUGGGAGGCUAUCAAAGAGAUUCCUAAUUUGUCCAACCAUGUCCAAUACGAAGCUCUUUCCAUGAUUCAAAAGCUUCAGAUGGGAGACAUAUUUGUUAAUAUGUCUGUUGAAGAUCGUCUAGGUUGGAUUCAAUGGAAUACCCAGCGAAAGACUUAACUCCAAGCUA